CCGAGCUUCCCGAAGACCCCAAACGAAUAAGCGUAUCCUAGCCGACAUGUGGGACAGCCAGCGAUAGCAUCAACACUGAGAUGUAAAUAAAGAACGUCAAAGAUCAUGUCAUCCUCCUCAAAUCAAAGCCCAAAGCUCAUUUUAGAGGCUCUUCGUAUUUUGACAACCCCGGAAAGACAAAGUCAUACAGAUUCUGCUUCAUCUGAUGGAGAAAGCCAAUUUGACCACCUGCUCCGAACUAAACUCCAGUCAAUCAACGGAAGUCUGCAAUCUGACACAUUCUCCAACCUGCCAUGUUUGUCGGUCCUACAGACUCAGACAACUGUGUCAGACACCGACAAGUCAGAUGUCCGAUGGAAGUACACGUCUGUGUGUCUUCAUUUACUGCUUCUGCUGCAGAAACAUCUGAUUCAGGCUUCCAGAGAUUUCCAGGAGGAGAUGAAGAAGAACCCCCCUUCCAUGAAGACGCCACACCAAGUUCCUCCACUUUCUCCUGAUGUCCUCAGUAUUGAACAGGAGAAGACAGUCUUGACCACUCUGCAGUUCACUGUUUGUCUUGGAAUUUGCCCAAAUGUUGAUAAAGGUGUUGGAAUUCCUGUAGAGAGGAGAUCUGGAUUUGGGAAGCUUCUCACUGGCAGUAAAUUAAAGGAAGUAUCGCGAGAAGAACGUUAUGCUAGGCUAGGAUUGUGUGGACGGAUUUUUUCAGCCUGUCUGAAUGUUCCGUCUCUAUCAGCUUUAAUUCUUUCACGGCAUCUCUGUGAUUUUUUAGCCAUUCUUCUCCAGUUGAACCACUGCCCAGGGAUAGAUGGUGGUCAAACGAGUAAUGUAAAUCCUGCUUCAGGUUCCAAAAAUCAGACUGUUGAAGGGAAUCUGAAGGACAAUACUAUCAGUUGUCCACCAAACAGGACUGUGGGUGAAUUAGGAGAUUUAGCAGAUUCAAGUACACACAUCAACCCAAAGGUUUUCAACUCUCAGGAUCCCCAUCCAUGCUCUGUAGAUUCAUCAUUAGUGACAGGAGACACAGCUGAGGUAAAUAAAAACAAUGUUCAGGUUCAAAUGAUAAGUCAAAUACUGUGGCUGGUAGCUGUCAGGAAACUGUACAUCAGGAGGAUGAAUAUCUCAGUAUGUUAAUGGG